CGAUCAGGGUCAUCUUCAACAAACAGCCUCCCUCUAGCUGUCGAGCUACCAAUCCUUUGGUUCCCUCCUCAACGCCUGCCUAUUCUCUAUACCGUUUCAGGUGUCUGCACGGCCAAUGCCUCCGUCGAUGACGGAAAAGACAGAAAGACGACUGUUUUCACGAGAUUGCCAGGCGUUUCGGAUCAGAGACGCCUCGAGCAAACCGUCAAACGAGAUGAAAAUAAGGAGGACAGGAUGACCCGGUGCUCCAUAAUUAAUGCUGCAAGGCCGUCAACCGGUUUGUCAUCACUUCAGGUGGAAAAUGGCAUCCGUAUGGUUCACACUCGAAUCAUCGAUUGCCAACAAAUUGCUCAGCUACAAAUUACAAUCGCCAGUGCCGAAAUCAUUUCGUUGCGACCAACUGCGUCAGCAGAAUCAACCUGGAUCGUCGUGUCGUGA